AUCUGAUUUCAAUUUUAAAUUAUUAUUUUUUAUUUAAAAAACACUCCAAUUCAGUUUUCUUAAUCCCCAAAACAUGUCAACUCUUAACGACGUCCCGGCGGAACUCAAACACAUCCAGCCGUACAUCCAGCGCAGCCAAGAGAUCCACACAAUCGACCCGGUUAUCUCGUACUUCUGCAAAUACUACGCCGCCCGCCUGGCCAUCACCUCGCCCGCCUCACCCACGACGCAGCCCUACAUCUCCCAUCUGCUCACAAUCCUUGAACAAGAAAAGACCCAACUUCAGCAGACCUCCCAAAUGCAAAAUGACCAAAUAGCAGCCCAGCACUGCACAAUGUUUGCGUUAAAGAUAUUCGCCAAGGCUGAUUCCGAAGACAGGCUGGGCGGAGCCGGAAAGUCCACAGCUAGAGGGUUUAUUGUCGCAUCGCAGUUUAUGCAGAUUGUCGCAGCGUUUGGAGAACCGUUGCCUGGCGGGUUGGAGGAGAAGAUCAAGUACGCCAAGUGGAGAGCCGCAGAGAUUUUGAGGGCAAUAAGGGAGGGAAGGACGCCAGAGCCGCCGGCUAUGCAGGAAGAGGAAGAGAAGGAGCUGUUGUCGGCGUUGCCCGUUUCAUCGCCUGUGGUAUCGCCCCGGAUGUCAUCACCCCAAACUGCGUCGCCUCAGAUGUCAUCGCCUCCACCUCUGCCUCAGAUGGUAUCGUCGCCUCCGUCUCCGCCCAUUGCGUCACCGCAGCUACAGCAACACCAGCAGUGGUCGGGUUACGCGCAGGACCAGCCCACGCCCUUUGACACACUGCCCAGCGUACCAAAAUCACCUGUAUCUGCGGCUGUGCCUCAGGGCCCGCCACUGCAAUCGACUGCUGCGCAAGGCCCGCAGACGCGACCAAACAACUCUCCUCACGUAAAUACCCCGAUGAUACCGCCAGCCGCCAGUGCAGCCACGUUCAUUCCCGUGCCAGCCUCGAGACUGCCCGCAAUUGCGCCCUCUGCCAUGGAUGACGGCGAGAUGCUGGACCCGACGGUAACCAAGAACGCGCAAAAACACGCUCGGUGGGCUAUCAGUGCCCUAGAGUACGAUGAUGUGCACACUGCUAUUGACAACCUGCAGAAGGCCAUAGCAAUUUUGCGUCCAUACCAAAAAUAAAAUAAAUUGAUAUUGGU